AUGGUCGUUGCGGCCGUCAAAGAAUUUCUUGCUCUGGGCUGUCACGUCACCGGAUUCGACAGGAAGCCCAUCGAGGUCUCACAAUCAUGUUCGACUUCGGAACAAGAGUCCAGAUUCAACGUCGUAAUAGAGGACUUAACUCAGGAACAUUCUGUGGCUGAUUCUUUCAAAUCUGCAACCGGCAAGUUCGGGCCAGUCAACAUCCUUGUGGCUAAUGCUGGCACCGAUGAAAGCGCUCAUCCACCGAUCUGGGAAGUCGACAGGGCGCUUUGGGACAAGGUCAACACCAAUAAGUCACAAAGGCCCAAGAAGACCGGGGCAGCGCAGCUUGAAAAUGUUGCUAUUGCCGUUACAGGUUCAGAAACUGGAAAGUUCGGCAAACAAGGACAUUCGGAAUACGCGGCGAGCAAAGCAGGUCUGCAGUAUCGCAUCGUCCGAAGAGUCAAGAACGAGAUUGUCCAGUUGACCUCGAAGGCUCGCACCAAUGCGGUGGCCCCUGGCUGGGUUAACACGCCCCUCAUCGGUGACCGUCUUGAUGACCCCAAAAAGAUGUGGUCAGAAUGUCAGGCAACGGUCGCUUUGAAGAAGAUCUCGAAACCUGAGGAUGCCGCAGGGGCAAUGGCAUUCCUGGCCAACCAUCGUGCUGCAGGGAGCAUUUCUGGAGAAUGCAUCUCGGUCGAUGGCGGCAUGGAGGGACGCAUCAUUUGGCGAGAGGAACAAAACACUCGGUGCACAAUCCAAGUCCAAGAGUGGCCCGAUUAG